AUGAGUACUGAAGUCGAAACUUGUGCGGCCGGCAGUCGCGUAUCUCUUCGAGGUGUUGAGCGGAUGGUCACUGCAUCCGACGGUGCGUCCGUCAAGAUCGCGCACUCAAUGCUCGUCCACGGUGACACGGCGAUUCUACUUCGUUUCCUACCCACUGCAGUGAUGCACACCUUCAACAUGCAUCCUCGGAUGCGAGCUCACCAACUCAAAGACCAACAAUUCACAGCCGAGAUUCAAGCUCCCGUUACCGUUGACUCUGUCGCUAAACUACUGCAAGUGCGGGUGUUGACACCCGCAGACUAUGGAGACGGUAGUCCAACGAGUUGGCAGUCAUACGUCGAAAGGGAGUGCAGUGUUGGCUUUGACCGCUACUGCCAGCUGCCCUUCUACCUCUCAGUAUGGGUCGCCAAACCCAAAGACACUGCUCGUCUAAUGCUCUUUUCAGACCAAUACAUGUCUGACGGGUUCUCAGGUGCCGUGGUGCUUAACUGCAUCUUGGAGCAAGGGUACCCACUUCGUCCGUCGCUCUAUCGCAUGUGGCUCAACAAGAUUACGUGGGCCAAGCCGCUACUCAAAGGCACGAACGCGAUCUUCGGACGUCGCAUGUUCCGGGGAAACGUGCACAAGUUCACGCCUCUACUACCGGCUCGAGACGACCUGAAGGACUUUGCAGUACCGCCCGUAACCAACAGCACCAAAGCGCUAUUCGCUGAUGGAGACGCUAAGUGUAUGCGUGAAGCAUAUGCCAAAUGCAGGAAGGAGGGCGUGACUCUGAAUGGUGUCUUGGUUGUUGUCGCUCUUCUCGCGUUCUACCGUGUGCGCAGUAACAAAGAGCAGCGUGGACGCUUCAACCCGUUUCGAAUUGCAAUGGAUGUUGACUGUAACAUGCGUCACCAAGUGCAAUACCCUGCUGAGGAGAACCAAGUAGGUAUGUACACUGCAACGACCGAUCUUGACUGGCUCAACUCGGAAGGAGUGGAUAUGUUGACCACGCGCUUCUGGGACUUGGCCGGUCGUGCUAGUCGAGAGAUCGAAGGGAAUCUCAAGAACACUGUGAACAUGGCGCUGCCUACUAUCACGGCUGAUCAGAAACUCAACGCACAGAUGGAUCCAUCCUUCCUCAAGAAAGCUCGAGUCGCUCACUCCAUCACCGCCGACGUUGGAGUCGCUGAACUGGUCCAGUACCCAUUCGAGAAAAAUCAUUCACUCACUGAUAGUUAUGACACUGAAAGUCGACGGGGUCUCCUGGCAUACAAGAAAUCUCGUCAAGUGAUGAUGCCGUCGGAUAGUGCAAGUGAUUUGACCCGAUCGUGGCGACUCGAAAGCACGCAUUCGACUCCGCACAAUGUGCUAUCUAUUGAGAGUUUGCAUGUGUUCAAGGCCCUGCCACAUCUCGCUCCUUCCGUUACGAUCUUUCUGUCUUCGGUAAACGCGUUCAGCUAUUCGAUGGCACACAAGGUGAAGGAUGAUGUGGGGAACAACUUGUUCACGGCGAUAGUGGUGCUGUGUGAGAGUUUGGGUAGCAUUGGAGGCGAAGAAAACCUGACUGAUGUUCUGGCUCGUUUUGAUGAGUUAACUUUAUCAGGAAAUAUCUAA